UUGUACAUUCUAGUAUUUGGUGUUUAAAAAAACUGUAUAAAAUUAUAAUAUGAACAUAGAUUUAAUUUUUUCAGAUGAAGACUUUGGAAAUUGCAGAAAAUGAGCUUCACCACCGAUUGCCUCAAGAGUUUAUUGGUCGCUUUUUUAACGAAAAUGUUUAUGACUACGUUUUUCGAGAGCAGUAUCGAGUCCCAAGACCUGUAUUAGAUUUUUUAGAAACUAGGCUUAAAGAUAAUUUGCAACAUUAUACUAAGCGAAAUAAAAGCAUUUUAGUACGUUUCCAGAUAAUGGUAUUUCUUCAUUUUAUUGGCACAAAUGUUUUUUUUCAUGUUCUCAGAGACUGUCAUGGAAUCUCUACCAAUACAAUGUAUCGUUUUAUACACAGUGUAGGAGAAGCUAUUUUCAAUAUUCGACGAGAGAUCAUAAAAUGGACCAAUGAUUGCUCCACUCUUCCACAAAAGUUUAUUCAAAAGUAGUAUAUAUAUAUAUAUAUA